UGCGUGUGUCUAACCUUAGAUUCAUUUACUGGUUUAAAGUUCACGAAGCUGUGAAAGUUUCCACGCUGGGGAAAUCCUGCCGCCUGAGUGCUUGUCAGGGUUUCUCAGGAGUUGCCGUGAAUCUGCCGACAGGUGGAAGUGGCUCUGCGUGGAUAAGGAACUGUCUGCUGGAAGGAGCUGUGAGUUUCCUUGUUUUUGCUCGCAUUUGAUUGGCUGCGCAUAGAGAUGUUACCUGUGUGUCACACCUGGAGGGGGCGGGAGGAAUGAGACCCUUCACACAAUAGCAGACGGCUCGUGAUCCGGCAGGCUGUGAGGAACGCGUUAACUAAAUCCAGAGCUCCAGUCACUGCGCUGCUGCUGCUGCGUUCCUGGGCUCAGGGAUGUCGCCGGCUCUACUGCUUCUGCUGCCACUGAUGCAAGGACUGGUGCCCGGCGCGCGUGGCUUCUCGCUCUGCGGAUGGCGCACGCAGUAUGCCGGCGGUGGCGUGUUGCGGUACCGCGGAGGAUUUGGGGCGGAUGUCAUAUCGGUGGAGAAUACGCUGGAGGCUCUCAUAGUCAGAGGUCCGUUCCUUCCCUCCACCAACAUCACGCUCCAGGACCUGCCAGGAAAAUACGUGUUCUGCGUGCGCUGGUUCCCCGGCCUCCGGAUCUUCAAUCUAACGUACGGGCUUCAGAAUUACACGUGGGAGGCGAGGGACACGGCACGUGGCGGCCGGGACCCCGCCGGGGAGUCAGCUGACUCUGUGUGUCACAACGAGACCCUCAUCAUCAACAUGACCCUGAACGGGAUUAACAUGAGCAGCUCCUGUCGCUUUGAUGUCCGUCCCCGGGACUGGCUUAACGAUACCCGCUUUGUGGACCGUGAGAUUUCCAUGCUGGGCCGGUUGCUGGACAGGGCCGGUGCUGUUGGCAGCGGACCGGGGCUGCGUCGUUGGAUCGAUGCGGCUCUCUCGCAGGUCCGGUUUGAUGGGGAGAGCCACCGUUUUGGGAAGGGUUCGAUCGAGGCUGCGGUGUUCACGCUGGGUUCGGUAGAUGCGCUGUCUUCCAUCCCAAAGGACAUGGGGGUCUCCGUGUCGCUGCCCAAAGAACUGCUGCCGGAGAAGGGUCUCCUUCCCAAGAGACUGCACGUGGUGAGAGUGCGCGGGAGCUCCCUGUUCCAGGAUGCGGCCAACAGCACGAUGCUCGGUGAACACGUGAUCGGGAUCAGCGUGGAGAAAACCCAGAUUUCCAACCUGCGAGAGGACGUGGUGUUAUUCUUCCAGCACCCCCCUGUCCAGGCAAACUUUUCCCCCGUGUGCGUGUUCUGGAACGAGUCCGCGUCCGGCUGGAGUACCUACGGCUGCCGGACCAUCCCUGCCGGGAUCCAGACCCAGUGCAGGUGCAAUCACCUCACCUACUUCGCUCUACUCAUGCGGAUCGCGGAGCCGGUGAUAUCUGAGGCGCAUUUGGUGUCUCUCACUGCUGUCACGUUUGCCGGCUGUACCAUCUCAGCGUUGGCCGCCCUCUUCACCAUCUGCUGGAGUUGCUUUAGCAGGGCCGCGCACUCAAACCCCACUCUGCAGAUCCACAUGCACCUCCUGGCCGCCGUGUUCCUGCUGGACGUGAGUUUUAUGGUGAGCGCGGUGCUGGGGGCGGCGGAUCUCCCGCUUCUGUGCAAGAGCUCCGCCAUCCUCCUCCACUCGGCCCAGCUCUGCACCUUCACAUGGAUGGCCAUCGAGGGCUUUAACCUCUACCGACUGGUGGUCAAGGUCUUCAAUUCCUCGUUCUUGACCACAGGAAAACUGGCUGUGGUGGGCUGGGGCACACCGCUGCUCAUCGUCCUCGUCAUCGCUCUGAUGAAUUCCGAUAGCUACGGCUCUCUCAGUAUUAACGUGGACAGACCCUCCGGCUCCUCGGCAGCCCUAUGCUGGCUCACCGAACCCAUUAUCCACCACGUGUUGAACGUUGGUUUGUUUGGGUUUGUUCUGCUGCUUAACACGGGGAUGUUGGUGGCUAUGACCCGCUGCGUCCUGCGCCUGGCUCCGCACACCCGGGGGGAGAAGGUCCGGCACUGCGUCACCCUGCUGGGGCUCAGCUGCAUGCUGGGUCUCCCGUGGGGGCUGGCGUUCUUCUCCUUCGGCGUCCUCUACCUGCCCGUGCAGUAUGCAUUCAGCAUCUUGAACUCCUUGCAAGGGUUCUUCAUCUUCCUGUGGUAUUGGGCAUUGUCUCAGCCCCACGGAAAGGACGCUUCACGUUCCUCGUACAGCACCGGCACAACACCGGCGUCCCCGCGGCCGGACCAGAGCGUGAUAAUGUCUGAUCACAAGAAGCUCCUCAGCUGAGGGUCUGUAGGCUGCUGUUACCCCUGCC